GCUGUAUGUGCAGCCUUGCCUGUUGGUUAGUUGGGCAGAGUGUAGUGCAUACUCUCAGUGAGCAUAGUCCAAAUGGCUUUCUUUUAUCUUUCUUCUACCAAACUAGCUCUAGCUGCUUUACUUGUUCUCCUAUGUUUCACUACCUCUCUGCUUCUUUGCAGUGCCCAGCAUGGCCGUCAUCGUCACUUUUCCUCUCACAAUUACAGAGAUGCUCUCACCAAAUCCAUUCUUUUCUUUGAGGGUCAGAGGUCAGGCAAGCUUCCUCCUAACCAGAGACUGACUUGGCGUAGAGACUCUGCUCUUUCAGAUGGCUCUGCCUUGCAUGUUGAUUUGGUUGGGGGCUAUUAUGACGCAGGGGACAAUGUGAAGUUUGGGUUCCCAAUGGCAUUCACCACCACCAUGCUAUCCUGGAGUGUGAUUGAGUUUGGUGGACUGAUGAAAGGAGAGCUGCAGAAUGCAAGACAAGCCAUUCGCUGGGCUACAGACUAUCUACUCAAGACCACUGCCUAUCCAGACACCAUAUAUGUUCAGGUGGGCGAAGCAGGAAGUGACCACGCUUGCUGGGAAAGACCUGAGGAUAUGGACACCCCAAGAAGUGUGUUCAAGAUUGACAAAAAUACUCCAGGGACUGAAGUUGCUGCAGAGACUGCUGCAGCUCUUGCUGCUGCUUCUUUAGUCUUCAGAAAAAGCAAUCCCACUUACUCCAAACUCCUUGCGAGGAGGGCCAUCAGGGUGUUCGAAUUUGCAGAUAAGUACAGAGGUUCCUAUAGCGAUGGAUUGAAGAACAUUGUGUGCCCCUUUUAUUGCUCCUAUUCUGGAUACCAGGAUGAGCUGUUAUGGGGUGCUGCUUGGUUGCAUCGAGCGACGAAGAACCCUUUUUACCUAAAUUAUAUCCAAAGAAACGGGCAAAUUCUUGGGGCCGACCAGGGUGAUAAAACAUUUUGUUGGGACAACAAGCAUGUUGGAGCAAGGAUUCUUCUUUCCAAGGCAUUUCUUGUUCAAAAGAUCCAAUCUCUCCAUGAUUACAAAAGUCACUCAGACGACUACAUUUGCUCCGUCAUCCCGGGUACACCUAUGUCUCAAGCACAAUAUACUCCAGGAGGGCUACUGUUCACGAUGAGUGACAGCAAUAUGCAGUAUGUGACGUCCACCUCUUUCCUACUGGUAACCUAUGCCAAGUACUUGACAUCCGCUCACAUGGUUGUCAAUUGUGGUGGCGUCCUUGUCACGCCAAAAAUGCUACGAAAUCUUGCCAAAAAGCAGGUCGACUAUUUGUUAGGAGAUAAUCCAUUAAAAAUGUCGUAUAUGGUGGGGUAUGGGGCUAGGUAUCCAGAGAGGAUCCACCAUCGGGGAUCGUCUUUGCCAUCGAUGCUGGUGCACCCUACAAAGAUACAAUGCUCGUCUGGGUUCAGCAUGUACAAUUCCCAGAAUCCAAACCCAAAUAUUCUGAUGGGAGCGGUGGUUGGUGGACCAGAUCAGCAUGACAACUUUCCAGACCAGCGGUCAGAUUAUGAGCAAUCGGAGCCAGCCACUUACAUUAACGCCCCACUGGUUGGAUCGCUGGCUUACCUUGCACACUCAUUCGGCCAACUCUAAUCACAAGUGUAUUGCACUUAUUUAGCCACUGGCCGGGCUACUACCUGGCUAAAGGGAUCACGUAAAAGAAGAGUAGACAGGAGCCAUUUUGGCUUUCUGUAUACUUACUAGUAAGACAGCAGCUAUUAAUAUGUGCGGGUUAUUGGCAGAGAGAGACCUAAAACAGGCUCUAUCCCUCAAAGAACCCCAUCUCAUGUUAUUGUACACUUGCUAAUUAAGGUUUAAAUCUUAAAACAUCGCCUAAUGCUGGCUGUAUGUCCUUUUUAUUUUGUGUUUAAUUUUUGUUGAUCCAGCGUUCCAGUUGUAAGAUUUUGAAUAUUGAUUUCGUGUCUGAAA